AGUCCCGGAGACUGGUAGUCCCACCCGGAUCUUCGGCAUGCGGCUGGAGAGGAGUGACAAGCCGGCCACGACCACCAAUGACGGGGUGAUUCAGGUAACAGAAGAGAGCAACAUCUUCCUGAGGUUCUACGGGCUACAGAUUCUUCCUGACACCUCAUCACAGAUCAGAUUCACCGACCAUGAACAUGAGGAAGGUGAUGUUACCAGCAACAAUACUCCUUUUAACAGGACUUGUGCAGACUAUAGCAAAGAUAUUGUUAUCAGGGGUGGCAUGAACGUGAGCCACCUCCGAACCUGGGGGGUUCUGAGUUUGAAAAUCAAGCCUCUCAGGAAGAGCGAGCUCCAGAAGGAGUAUGGGCUGUGUGUCCAGGAAAGCCAGGAUGGCAAGUGGUACCUGUUGGGUGAGGAUGACGGAAGGCUGCGGGUGGUGGAGGAGAAGAAGUCCAUGCUUCCUAUGUGGUUCCAGUGCAUCCUCAUCUGCUGCCUGCUGGUACUGUCAGGUAUGUUCAGCGGGCUCAACCUGGGACUCAUGGCCCUGGAUCCUAUGGAGCUCCGGAUAGUCCAGAGCUGUGGUACCGAGAAGGAGAAGAGGUACGCCAGCAAGAUUGAUCCCAUUCGGAGGAAAGGGAACUAUCUGCUAUGCUCGUUGCUCCUGGGUAAUGUGCUUGUCAACACAACUCUCACUAUCCUUCUGGAUGACUUGAUAGGGUCAGGCCUGGGUGCUGUGGUCGCCUCCACUAUAAGUAUUGUCAUAUUUGGGGAGAUUGUGCCCCAGGCUCUGUGCUCUCGCCACGGGUUGGCUGUAGGAGCCAACACUAUCAUGGUGACCAAGUUCUUCAUGUUGGUCACCUUCCCCCUGUCAUGGCCUAUCAGUAAACUCCUGGACUGUGUCCUGGGCCAGGAGAUUGGUACUGUGUACAACCGGGAGAAGCUAGUGGAGAUGUUGAGGGUGACAGAACCAUACAAUGACCUGGUCAAAGAGGAGCUAAACAUGAUCCAAGGUGCGCUCGAGCUCAGGACCAAAACCGUUCAAGAUGUCAUGACACCGAUCAGUAACUCCUUCAUGAUCCACAGCGACGCUGUGCUAGACUUCAACACCAUGUCAGAGAUCAUGGAGAGCGGGUACACACGCAUACCGGUGUUCGAGCACGAGCGGUCGAACAUUGUGGAUAUCAUGUUUGUCAAGGACCUGGCUUUCGUUGACCCGGAUGACUGUACGACGCUGAAGACUAUCACCAAGUUCUACAACCACACAGUCCACUUCGUGUUCCAUGACACCAAGCUGGAUUCCAUGUUGGAGGAGUUCAAGAAAGGUAAGUCCCACCUGGCCAUUGUUCAGAAGGUGAAUGACGAGGGGGAGGGGGAUCCAUUCUACGAGGUGCUGGGAUUGGUCACCCUGGAAGAUGUCAUCGAGGAGAUCAUCAAAUCAGAGAUCUUGGAUGAGUCUGACCUCUACACUGACAACAGCAGAAACAGGAAAAAGGUGGCACCCAAUAAGAACAAGAGGAACUUCUCUGCCUUCAAACAGAGCGAGAGUGAAUCCAAAGUCAAGAUCUCCCCUCAACUGCUAUUGGCCGCUCACCGCUUCCUGACUACAGAGGUGACGUUGUUCAGCCCGUCCCAGAUCUCAGACAAGGUUCUGUUGAGGAUUCUAAGACACCCAGACGUGAUCCAGGAGAUCAAGUUUAAUGACAGUGACAAACGCUGUCCUCAACACUAUGUCUACCAGAGAGGGAAGGCAGUUGACUACUUCAUACUCAUAUUGCAGGGGCGAGUGGAAGUGGAGGCCGGGAACGAAAACAUGAAGUUUGAGACAGGACCAUUCUCCUUCUACGGUGUCAUGGCCCUCAGUGCUCCCACUUUAGGGUUCCGCUGUCCGUCACACAUCAGUGGUUUGAACAGGACAGCAUCUCUGAGCGCUGAAGAUAGUACAGCGUCUCUGUCUGUCAGCGGCAGCAAUAGCCAGCUCAUUACUCAGUUCACUAUCCCCUCACCAACAUACACCCCCGACUUUUACGUACGAGCUCUCACAGACCUGCAGUUUGUCAAGAUCUCGCAGGCCCAGUACCAGAACGGUGUGAUGUCGUCUCGUCAGGACUCCAUCCCCCAGUCACCUGACUUCGGCCAGCCUCGACUGGAGGGUACCACGUCCCCCGGUUUGACCACCACUCCCGGCAAACUAUCUUCCGUCACUCCCAACCCAACUCCCACCCCGGAGACCGCCUCCCUUCUGGCCGACGAGACCACCUCUCUCCUCAAUGAGCAGGGCUGUCUGCCCCACAACCUGUCAGAGACCAGCAUAUAACACACACACACAGACAAUAGUACACAUACCUAUAUAUGUGCGUAUACACACAACCAAGGACUGAGGAGACUGUGUGUGGGCGCGAACAUCCAUACACACACACACCCUGAUGUUGAACAGCAUGAGAGAUACAGGUGUAGAUCCUGAGUUAAAUAAGCAAUUAAAACCCCAUCAAGCUUAGGGUCAUGUAUAAAAAUGCUGGGCAGGCCAUUAUUUUGGCUACCAUGGCUAUGCCCCCAUAGGGGGACAAUCCCCCAUCCACAGGGCACGAGUUGUCACUGGAUUAUUUGCUUAGCAUGAAAACAAUGUAAACCAUAUGCCAUGGCCUUCUCAGUCACCAGGUCUCAACCGAAUUGAACACUUUUGGGAAAUUCUGGAGCGAUCCCUGAGACUGCGUUUUCCACUACCAUCAAUGCUAAAUGAUGGGAUUUCUUGUAGAAGAAUGGUCUCACAUCCCACCAACAGAGUUCCAGACACUUGUAGAAUCUAAGCGGUUCUGGCUCGUGGUGACCAAAUGCCCUUAAGCCACUUUGUUGGGAUUUCCUUUAUUUUGGCAGUUACGUGUAUGUACAUGUGCAAAAACACACAGACAUACACACAUUCUAACUGGAAAAAAUUAUAGUUGUUUCAAUGAAUUAUAAUUAAGAAACUGGUUCCGCACUUUUUUUUGUUUACUCAACUAUUUGAUCAAAGUGUUACCUGAACUUACAAUUUUUAGUUGAGCCAAACUUGGCUUCAACUUGAGAACUUUCAGUCAACUUAAAAUGUUGUGGAACUAGUUACACACAGACGGUGCUCUUGACAUUCAAUAAUUUCAACGUACAUGUUUAACACAAAGUACAUGAUCAUUUAUACAGUAAUUAUUAUUCAAUUAUUCAAUUAUUCAAACCUGGGAUUUGAACUCACAACCGGUUGGUUCAAGGCAUACUGAGCUUCCUGCUGCACCACCAUGUCUGUGUCAAUGACUGAUUUUUUAUUGCUACACUUUGCACUUCAAAGUAAAUAUCAGAUCUGUCAAAAGUAUAGUUGGAUUAACUGAGAAUUGAUACAGACAUGGUGGCAUAGCAGGACGAUCGGCAUGCUGUGAUUAUGUUGCAUAAUCACUGUAUAAAUGACCAUGCAAAGUAAUAAUGUACACUGAGUGUACAAACAUUAGCAACACCUUCCUAAUAUUGAGUUGCACCCCCUUUGGACCUCAGAAAAGCCUCAAUUUGUCAGGGCAUGGACUCUACAAUGUGUUUGUAUUUGUAUUUAUUAUGAUCCACAUUAGCUGAUGCCAAGGCAAAAUUAAGGCAGUUAUAUAAUUUUGUAUAAAAAUACAUUCAUUACAGAAUUCACAACAUACUAAGUGUGUGCCCUCAGGCCCACACUCCACUGUCAUAUCUACAACGCAAAAUCCAUGUGUACAUCUUUGUAUAGUGCGUAUGUUUAUCAUGUGUUUGUAUGCAUGUAUCUGUGCCUAUGUUUGUGUUACUUCAUAG